AUGCACCCACUUGAUAAGCGUAUUGAAUUUCUGGUGUGGAUCAGUUUUCCCGCUCAGUCAUCUGAUCGCAUCGCCUCCAGUGAGUCAGGUAACCACUGGCCUGUCUUAUCAGAUGCUCAGACAUCCCUUCAGCGCAAAGGCUCUCCUGUUCUGCUAAGGAUGACAUUCAUCGCCAAGACCUUCUACGACCUGAAGGCCACCACACUGGAUGGUGACUUGGUGGACUUCAAUGUAUACCGUGGGCGGGUGGUGCUGAUAGAGAAUGUGGCGUCGCUCUGAGGCACCACCGGCCAGGACUUCAGUCAGCUCCACGAGCUCCAGGGCAAGUACCCUCAUCGACUGGUGGUCCUGGCCUUCCCCUGUAACCAGUUUGGGUAUCAGGAGAAUUGCAGCAAUGGUGAGAUCCUAAAUUCCCUACAACAUGUACGUCCAGGUGGUGGAUUCCAGCCCAAUUUCCCCAUCUUUGAGAAGUGCGAUGUCAAUGGAGCUAACGCACAUCCUGUCUUUGCCUAUCUCAAAGAGAAACUCCCCUAUCCUGACGACGACCCCAACUCCCUCAUGCAAGACCCCAAAUUCCUGGUUUGGAGUCCCAUCAGCAGGACCGAUGUUUCUUGGAACUUUGAGAAAUUCCUAAUAGCACCUGAGGGAGAGCCGUUUAAAAGAUACAGCAGGAAGUUCCCCACGAUUGACAUAGAGCCUGACAUUCAACGACUGCUAAAAUUAACCAAAUCUUAACAAUGCAGACUUUUAACACCCCGUUUAAGUCUUAUUUAAUGAAGGUGAUAUUAUGAAACUCAAAAUAGAUAUCAUCUGAAGCUUUGUAAGCACUUAAAUGAAAUGGUCAAUAUCACGUUGUUUUCAAUUCAACCUGGUGUCGU